AUGAAUCGCGGUACUAUUGACUGCUUUUGUAAAAUGUCAGCCGAUACGGGAGCUGCGGACGUUGCCAAUGGAGGGGCUCCACAACCGCGGCCGCAAAAUAAACGACUUCAACAAACUCAAGCCCAGGUAGAUGAAGUCGUGGACAUCAUGCGGGUGAAUAUGGAAAAGGUGUUAGAACGUGAUGCUAAGCUCAGUCAGUUAGAUGAUAGAGCAGAUGCUCUGCAGGCGGGCGCCUCGCAGUUCGAGGCCAGUGCAGGGAAGCUGAAGAACAAAUACUGGUGGAAAAAUAUGAAAAUGAAUAUAAUCAUCGGUAGCGUUGCAUUGGUGCUCAUCAUUGCAUUAGGAUGGUAUAUAUUUGGUGGGAAGAAACAAGAAGCAGCUCCUCCACCAGUAGCAGCAGCACCUUUACCUCCUCCUGGACCACAUCCUGCGCCAAACGUACCGAUUCAUAAGCAACCACCUAAGCAUGAAGCAUCGCACAGACGUCGCCGGGACACUCCAAUCACUAGCGUCGCAACACUGUGA